GGUUGAUGUUAUAUAUGUUAACACCGGAGUAAUAACAUAUAUUUUCAAAUAUGGGACUGGUAUGGAGCUUUCUGCAGUUGGUCUAUACAAUUGUGGCUAAUGCUACUGUGUUAUCAUGCAUUGGGGUACUGACUGCGAUUACGUACAAACGUUACUUUAACACAAAAGAACAAGAGAAAAUGUUUUCUGAAUUGAUAACAAAAGGACAAAAAAAAUCAGACGAAUAUAUGGAAAAGGCGAAAAAAGAGUUGGCAGACUUGAAGAAAACAACAAACGAUGAAAUAAAAAAACAACUUGAAGAUGAUUUGAAAAGACAAGAAUAUGGCAAGAAGGCUGAAUUAGAAAAAAUUCAGGAAAAACUGACAAAAAACGUGAGUGAGAAGUUAAUGGCUUUAUAUAAAGAAAAGAAUGAAGAUGUGAUAAAAUUGAUCAGUGAGGAACAAAAAAAGUUUGCAAAAAAUAUACAAGAAGAAAAAGAAACAUUGGCGGAUUUGAUAAGAAAUCAAAAUAAUGAAUUUGAGAGAAAACAAAAGAAAAUGCUGCCUGAAUUGAAAACAAAUCAAGAAAAAACAUUUGCAGAUUUGAUAGAAAAACAAAAUAACACAUUAGAUGAAUUGAAAAGAGAAUUCAGACAAACGUUGGAUGACCUGACAGAAACAGAGAAACACAAGUGUACUGAAUGGAUUGAAGAACAGACAAGCAUUUUGGCCGAAUUAAAAACGACACAAAAUGAAGCGUUGAAUGAAUUGACAAGAAAUAUAGAUAAGUGGAAUGAAUUUUUAGAAAAAGAAAAGAACAAACAUACCGGUUGGAUUGAAGAGGAGAAGAAUACGUUGAACGAUUGGAAAAAAGUACAAGAAAAAUAUAUGGCUGCCUUAAAAACAAACCUAAGAGAUGAAAUUAAAAAAAACCGUCAAGAAGAUUUGAAAAGAAAAGAACAGGACAAGAAGGCUGAGUUGGAAAGUAUCCAGAUGAAAAUAAAAGAAGUGGACACGUCGACUGAAACAACGUAAAGAGAGAACAAUUUAACCUAUUUAAAAUUAUUGAAGUUUAUUUUUGUUGUUAACUAACAUGAUUGUUAAGCACAAAACAUAAUUCAUAAAAUGCACAAAAGACGUAGACACGGUACACAAAUGCUUGUUUUAAUAAAAAUGUGAAAUGUUUCUUUCCGUUGAAAAAAAAUUGUAUAUUUGUA